GGCGGGGGCAGGCGGGCCGGGCCGGAGCAUCCGGCUGCCGCGCCGCGACUUCCUCUAGAGGGAGCGGAUUGCGGCGGGGACAGGCUGGGCCGCGGGCCUGUCCGCUCCGCUCCCGCGCUCGGCCGCCGGGCAGACCAACGCUGCCACCAGCGGAGACAUGGCAUCGGGGCCAGGCCCAGGCCCCCCCGAGCAGGACUGCGGGGAGCAGUCCUCCGCCUCAGAGGAGCAGGUGGCCCGGGACACGGAGGAGGUGUUCCUCAGCUAUGUGUACCACCGCCACCAGCAGGAGCAGGCCGAGGGCGCGGCCGUGCCCCCCGACCCGGAGAUGGAUGCCCUGCCCCUGGAGCCGAGCAGCACCAUGGGGCAGGUGGGCCGGCAGCUGGCCAUCAUCGGGGACGAUAUCAACCGGCGCUAUGACGCCGAGUUCCAGGCCAUGCUCGAGCAGCUGCAGCCCACGUGGGAGAACGCCUUCGAGUAUUUCAUCAAGAUCGCGAAAAGCCUGUUUGAGAGCGGCAUCAACUGGGGCCGCGUGGUGGCGCUCCUGAGCUUCGGCUACCGCCUGGCCCUGCACGUGUACCGCCGCGGGCUGAGGGGCUUCCUGGGCCAGGUGACCCGCUUCGUGGCCGACUUCAUGCUGCAAAACUACAUCGCCCGCUGGAUCGCGCAGAGGGGUGGCUGGGUCGCAGCCCUGGACCUGGGCAACGGCCCCAUCCGCAACGUCCUCCUCGUGCUGGCCGUGGUCCUGCUGGGCCAGUUCGUGGUACGAAGAUUCUUCAAGUCCUGACCACUCCCCCCACCUCAGGGGCCCUCGGGGGAGUCCGUUACUGAGACCCCCCCCCACUCCUGCCUGGACUUCAGCCAAGCCUCCCCCCCCCCCGCCCCUCCCCUGCAGGGGUCCCUCCCUCGAGACUACAGAAGCUUUAGCAGGUGGGCAUUCGAGCUCGGGAGCGCCCUGCCCUGGCUGCAGGCCCCCAACAUUGCAUGGUGCUAGUGCGUCCCAUCGUGCCAGGGUACCCUUGGUGCCAGUCCUGUCUGCUGGAGGAGGGUACUCGGGGCUUGAGCGUGGGUGAGCCCCUUUCUCCCCAAGACUACGUUUUUACCGUUUUCGCUUUUUAUCAUGCCCGGGGGGGGGAGCGUACCCCCAUGCCCACUCUCUGCCGAGCCGGGAUACCUGCGGCUCUCCUGGACGGGCAGGGCUUCAGCUCACGGCUGGUGCCCCGUCGUGCCCCCUGGGAGUAGUAGGACAGGCUGGCGUGGGGGCUGAGGGCCUGCCAGCUCCCCACCCCCCACCCCGUGACUGCCUCGGCAGUUGGACUCUCAGGGAUUGUGGCCCGGGCUGUGGGGGUGCCUGAAUGACUGUCAGGGCCCUCCAUGCUCGCCCCCACAAGACUUUGGUCACCCCUACCCUGCCUGCCCGCCCCAUGGCCACUUGCUCCAACCCACCCACCUGCCCAGGUGAGGAGGGCAGGGCCUGACUGAGCCGGGUGCUAACCCCCCUUCCUGGCCCAAGUGUUAAGUGGGUGGGUACCUGUCAGGGAAAGGAGAGGAGAGCACUGCCUUGGGGUUCCCGAGGGAGAGGGGGGCUCUCCUGCCACUAGGAACCCCGGGCGGGGCUCCCUGCUCGUGGUCUGGGCACAGUGUAAUCUGGGGGUGUAGUGGGGGGGGACUGUGAAUACUUGAGCUCUGACCACCCCUCCCCGCCCGCAGGGGCGGGGGCGGGGGGCCUCGUGAAUCUUGCACAUCGAAGGGGAGAGAGGUUCUCGAUGAAGCCAAAUGUGGGGGUCGGGGGAGUGUCGCGGAGGCAGCCCGCUGCUACCUCUGCCAUCCGAGUUUGUCUCACAAUAAAAUGCAGUGCCCCCACUUCCA